AUGGAGGAGCACCACGGGCACCUCGAGGUGCAGCUGGCUUCUACAAAAACCAAGCAGGUCUCCUACACAUACCUGAUGCUUCCGGCAGCAGCAGCAGCAAACACAGCGGUGUGCCUGCUUCACGGCGCAGGCGGGACGAAGGACAGCGGCCACCUGCCCGCCGUGGCUGCGGCGUGCGCAGCAGCGGGCCUGCCCUGCCUCCGCUUCACUGCGCGCGGGGGAAACCUCCAGCACCGCAUCGAUGUGACCAAGGUGCGCCUGGAUGGAAGCAGCUGGAGCUUUUCUCUCUUCAUGGAAGCGACUGACCGUGCGGACCUGGUGCAGGCCGUGCUGUCGCAGGCCCGUUCCUUGCCGGGGCUGGAGGGCAUCGACCGCUGGAUCGUUGCAGGGCACUCCAUGGGCAGCCGCGUGGCUUGCUCGCUGGCCAGUCAAGACCCGCAGCAGGUUGCUGCCGUGGUACUCCUGUCCUACCCGCUGCACCCGCCUGGCAAGCCUCAGCAGCUAAGGGAUGAGCUGCUGAUACAAGUAAAUCAGCCUGUGCUGCUGGUGCGGGGAACGAAUGACCCCUUUAGCCAGCAGCAGCAGUGGGACGCGGCGCUGGCACGCCUGCACAGCGCCAGCUGGCGGCAGCACACCGUGCAAGGCGGCGACCACGGCCUCAAGAUUGGCGGCAAGGAUGGCGGCGCCAAGAGCCAGCAGGCGCUGGCAGCAGUGUGCGACCAGGUGCAACGCUUCUUGCGAGAAAUACAGCAGCAGCAGCAGCAGCAGCAGCAGCAGCAGCAGCAGCAGCAGCAACAGGCAACGACCCGUUUGAGUGGCGCAGCAGCACCGGGCAGCAGGCGCCCCGCAGCGACGACCAACAAGCAGCAGCGAGCAAAGCAGCAGCGCGGCGAGCAGCCAAGUCCUGGUGCAGUCAAGAGGAAGCGCCAGCGGCAGCAGGAGCCUGCUGAAGACGCUGCUGUUCCCAGCAAGAAGCGGCAAUGA